CAUAGCCCUCUUUCUGAUCAAUCCUUAUUGAUGGCACACACAGCUAACAUUUUUAGGCUUUCCUUGUUUAUGUUUCUACUUUUACAGCAGCAUUUUGACCUGAUAUCAGCAUCACGGUCACUAGCAUUUCGUGCUUCGCCUACCCCUAAAGAUUAUUUGAGCAAGCCAGGUCCUCCUUCCGUUAAUCUUGAUAAUAGGUUUACUAUAAAUCGUUUUAAGAAGAUAGAGGGCGAAGCUUUUCGGCCAACAAGUCCUGGUCAUAGCCCUGGUGUUGGCCACUACAGCCCGCCAUCUGCUCCUUGAGAAUCGAAUGAUCUCAAUCUCAAACGAGAGUGUGACAGAGUGAUAUAUAAAAUGUUGAAUAAAACCCCCCACCACAAGUGCAUUAUGCAGUCUUGUAGCUAGUAUGAGUUAGGAUUUUCCCUUUAGCACCUUUAUCGUUUGGCAAUUGGCUAUAUUUUAUAAGUUAGGAUUCUGAUGCUAGCUAGUUGUAUUUUAUGUCAUCUUGGAUUUUUUUUUUUUCUCUUUUUGAGAUAAUUAUGUCGGCGUCGUGACUUGGAUGUGUUGAAAUAAAACGUCUGUACGUGUUUUGAGAUAAUUAAAGUCUUUCCAUUUCUGGAGUAACUUCUUUGUUUGGAUAUACAUGUCUGACAACUUCAGUUUCUCUCUCUUUCUUUCUCUGAAAGUAAAAAGAAAUCACAUCACAUUACAUUACAGAUUUUGCCUUUUGCUUAUGAUUCCCAGCAAAAAGGCUAGCUAGUGCACCAUUGCACUGUCCUCUGCUUUUACAGUAGGUUUACUAGGAGUAUAAAAUUAUAUAUGCAGAUACGCUUCUUAAAUCUGAUGUCGAUAAUAAAAAAUAUCUUUCCAUGGAUGCCCCACCCUGCAGAUAGCAGAGCCACAUGAUAUUUGAUGUCCUUUUGUAAUUUGCAUGUUUAAAUUAAUUAAUUUAACCCUAGAGGGAAUUGUGUGCAAUCCCAACCCAUAGUAAUGGGAGGCUUAUAAUUAUGAUUGACAUUUGGCAGAUGGCUUCCUAAUUAGUGAUUAGACGGGCAGGGCUACAUAUUUUAUUAUUUGUAUAAGUUAAUUGUUUUGGUGACUGAAUAAGUCUCUAAUUUUUCUCAUUAAUUAAAGAUAUGGUCAAUGAGAAAUGACAAUUAGAAUCUACAAUAACA